GGAAUGAAGAAUUUUCUUCAUUCAUCCACGCAUCACACAUCCAUAGCGUGACGGAAAAGAGAAAACUUCGGUUUCCUUACAAAUUAGUCCCUCUCCAUCUAAUUUCAUACUUUCCACCCAAAAUCUUUUAUUUCCAAGUGAAAUCAAGUGUCAAGCAGUAUCAAAAGUUUAGUUUUCAAUAUAGAAUUCAUGAAUUCAUGGAUGGAGGUGGGAGAAAGUUAAGAAAGUGUAAGAAGUCAAGGUGACAAGGUAAGAGAUCAAGAGUUCUCUUGUGAAUUUUGUGAUUUAUUGAAGUAGAAAUAAAAGAGUAAUUUUUUGUACUUCUAGAGUUCUACUUAUUUUCAAAGGACUAAAUUGAAUUAUGUGAUGAAAUAAGUGCGAUGUGUGUGAAUUUAAUUAAAAAUAAUAUUAGUGUAAAGGACUUCAUGAGAGUUGAUAUCUAGAAAUUAUGAGAAUUAAAGAUAGCAAGUGAUAUGUCAAGGGAUAUAAAAGAUGGAAGUAUGAAUAAGUUUAUGUGUACAUGAUAUGUAAGUUGCAGCAGUGGUCCGACUUCAAAAAUUUAUCAAAAACUGUAUAGAGUGAAUUAGAAAGAGAGUUUUAGAUGCUUAGAAAUAUUAGUGGGUCUAGCUUCUUAUGAAUCAAACGGAAUCAAAUUCCAAAUUUUGUGCUAAGAGAAAAUAGAAUUUAGUGAAGAAGAUUCAAGCUGUACUCAAGCAGCAUCCUUGAGUCCGACUUUAAAAAAGAUUCGGUAUUAACUUGAUUUGGAUUAAAUUUUACAACUUUUAUAAUAAAAAUUUCAUUGAGUCUAGUUUUAUAUAAAAGAAAUGUGUAAUCAUUUAGAAUAUAAUUAAUGAGAAAAAUAAGUUUUGGUGAGACAGCUUGAGGAUGCUUUCAGGCUCUCCUGAUUCUACUUUAAAAAUUUAUUAAAAUUGUAUAAAAGAAUUAAUUUAUGUAAUUUAUAUAUUUAAAAACUUAACGAGUUCAUUUUCAGGAGAAAUAAAUACAAAUAUUAUACUGAAUUUUGUAUUAAAAGAUAAAUAUUUUUAACGGAAGAAAGUUAAAGUUGUCUAGCAGUAAAACACGAGAGGAUUUUUAUAAGAAAAAUUAUAUUAGUGACAGGAUGUUUGGUUUCGAAUGAAACUUGAUUAUCAAUUUUAAUAAAUGAGAUAUAAAUAAAAUGUGAUUAUUACUUAAAGACUGUUUUGUUUUGAAAGUUAAGCAUUAAGAUUUAUGAAAUAAUUGUAAAUCGAGUUAUUUGAAAACUUAAUUAAAUAUAUAUGAUUAUGAAUGAAAAUAUUAUGUGUAUUUUGCAAGUGGAUUAAGUAUAAAAUGACAAGAAUUAUUCAUGUAAUAGUGCGUGAUAUAUUCGUGUCAUGUUUGGAGGAUACUUGAAAAAUGAAGGAUAAUCGUAAAAUGAAUUUAAAAAGAAGUGUGCAUAAGUGAAUGAAAUCGUGUAAUGGCCUUAAUAAACAAGAUAGAACCUGUGGGAUAAAUAGGAAUACUUAAACGCUCCUGUGUUAUUCGCACUCCUGUGCCCGUGUUGGGGAUUUCUAGCACUUUUGUGCUCCAAUUUAUUACGUGCAUCCUUCUCGAUUCUCCAUCAUUUACUAAGGGCUAAGUGGAGAAAAUAACAAGCAAAGAAGUGAUGAGUAAAGAAAAUGAAAAGUGAGAUAACUGUGUGCAGGAAGUAAUCGUGUGUGAAAAGUUUGAACGGGGCAAUUCAAAUCACAUCUUAUCAAAGCAAGGGGUGUUUGUAAUACUGCCUUUGCUUCCCUAGGGUUACAUUGUUUACUACUAACUUUUGAGAGGAUUGGGGAUUUUUGUUUUCUGUGAAAAUGAGUGGAGCUGUGCUUGUAGCUCUUACAGCAACUAUUGGUAACUUAUUGCAAGGAUGGGAUAGUGCCACCAUUGCUGGUGCUGUUAUGUACAUAAAGAAAGAGUUUAAAUUGGAGAGUGAACCAGCAAUAGAAGGCCUGAUUGUAGCAAUGUCUCUCAUUGGAGCUACCUGCAUUACUACAUGCUCAGGAAGCAUGUCAGACUGGCUAGGCCGCCGUCCCAUCCUAAUUAUUUCAUCCCUCCUUUAUUGUCUUAGUGGUAUUGUAAUGUUAUGGGCUCCUAAUGUUCCCACCUUACUUUUGGCAAGACUUUUGGAUGGAUUAGGGAUUGGAUUGGCUGUAACUCUGAUCCCGAUUUAUAUAUCCGAGACAGCACCACCAGAAAUAAGGGGAUUCUUGAAUACCCUUCCGCUGUUUUCUGGUUGCCUUGGGAUGUUUCUUUCAUAUUGCAUGGUUUUUGGAAUGUCGUUAACGACAUUACCAAAUUGGAGAUUGAUGCUUGGAGUUCUUUCUAUUCCUUCCCUCGUAUACUUAGCAUUAACUGUAUUCUUCUUGCCUGAAUCACCAAGAUGGCUAGUAAGUAAAGGUCGAAUGAGCGAGGCAAGGAAGGUUUUGCAAAGGAUACGUGGCAGGGAAGAUGUUUCUGGUGAGAUGGCUUUGCUAGUUGAGGGGCUUGGAGUUGGAGGUGAAACAUCAAUAGAGGAGUACCUCAUUAGUCCCAUCAGUCGGGAUUCUAAAUAUCCUGAUACUGCCGGAAAAGAUAGAAUCAAGUUAUAUGGACCUGAAGAAGGUCUUUCCUGGACGGCCAAACCUGUCACUGGACAGAAAAGUUUUGGUCUUUUGUCUCAGCAGCUUUUGUCUCAGCAACCAAGCGUAGCUCAGAGUCCUCUUGGGCUUGUGGAUCCUCUUGUCACACUCCUGGGAAGUGCCCAUGAGAAGCUUUCUGAAGCAGGAAGUGUGCCGCGAAAUACACUUUUUCCAUUCGUUAGCAGCUUCUCUGGUUUGGGAGGUCAUCAAGUUAGAGCUGAAGAGUCAGAUGAGGAGAGUGUUACCAGAGAGAGCGAUGACGAGCAAUCUGAUGACUCUGAUGACAAUUUGCGUACUCCUUUGAUCUCUUGGCAGGCCAGUGCGGAGAAGGACAUGGUUCCAACUGCCCAGGAAAGUGUCACAAGCGCGAGACUUCAGGGUCCAUUUCUUACAAAUGCUGGAGAAUCUCUUGGUAGCAUGGGGAUUGGUGGCGGUUGGCAGCUAGCAUGGAAAUGGUCUGAAAGAGAAGGGGGAUUUCAAAGAAUCUAUAUGCAUGAAGAGAGUGUACCUGGAUUGAGGCAGAGGUCAAUAGUUUCUCCGUCUCGUGCCGAUGUCCUUGCAGGCUAUGACUAUGUCCCAGCUGCUGCUUUGGUGAGUCAUCCAGCUCUUUAUUCCAAGGAGCUUAUGAAGCAGCAUCCGGUUGGACCCGCUAUAGUUCAUCCAGCUGAAGCUGCAAAGGGACCAAGUUGGAAUGAUCUUCUUGAACCAGGAGUCAAGCAUGCUUUGGUAGUAGGUGUGGGAAUUGAAAUGCUCCAGCAGUUCUCUGGUAUGAGCAGCAUUUUGUACUACAUUCCCGAAAUUCUUGAGCUGGCAGGAGUUAGAGGCCUUCUUUCAAACACUGGCCUCAGUUCAUCUUCUGCAUCACUGCUUAUCAGCUGCAUUACGACUUUUUUUAUGCUUCCUAGUAUAACCGUUGCCAUGCGGUUUGUGGAUGUUGCUGGUAGAAGGAGGUUACUACUCAUCACAGUCCCGCUCCUGGCAUUAUGUCUUUUCAUCUUAGUCAUAGGAAGCAUUGUGAAAAUGGGGAGUGUUGUUCGUUCAGCAAUCUCAACUGUUAGCGUCGUGCUCUCCUGCUGUGUAUACGCCAUGGGGUUCGGGCCUAUUCCCAGCAUUCUCUGUGCGGAGAUCUUCCCAACACGAGUUCGUGGCACCUGCAUUGCCAUAGUUUCCCUUGUUUACUGGAUUUCUAACAUCAUUGUCGCAUAUUCACUACCGGUGUUGCUCAAAACCGUAGGUCUUGCCGGUGUCUUUGGGAUGUUUGGAACCGUGUGCCUUGCAUCAUUUGUGUUUGUGUUUUUAAAAGUUCCAGAAACCAAAGGCAUGCCUCUUGAAGUCAUCACGGAAUUCUUUUCCGUUGGAUCAAAGCAGGCUAUAACUGCUAAAAACACGGGUUAUUCUAACUGCUAAAAACAACCGAGUUUGGUGAAUUAUCUGUUGGAAAGUUUAUUGUGUUUUUUCUUUUUCUUUUUUAAGCAUUGUGUAUACAUUUAAGACAUAAUGUGAAGACCAUAAUGAUCUCUGAGUUUAUUUUGUUAUUCAUCAAA